AUGGCUUACCUCGAGGCGUACAGCAAGCUUCGAGCCCUCCCCGAAGAUCAACAUCUAUUCUGUCCUCGCAUCGGUGAGGAUGGAGCCGUAUAUUACGACGAAGACAUAGCGAGCUACCCGCCCGAGACCGACUCCGCCGCACUCAAGCACCGCGAAUUGCAGAUACUAGAGGCCGAGGAGCGAAAAUGGUCAGCGCUCAAGGCAAUGGAAAUCCUGGCCUUUGAUGGGGAGGAGGCGGCACCGCACAAAGAGUGGCUAUUGAGCAGGCUGAACCAGCUUAUGCAGAGCUGCGACGUCUGUGUGCGCGUCUUUCACCAGUCGAGAGCCGAGUGGAGGAUGCGGCUGUUCGAUACCUACGACGAAGACAACAUUGGCGACUUCCUGAACCUGGUUGAUGAGCAGUGCCUCGGGCGCAUACAAGCCGGUCUGGACGAGGCAAACACAAUAUUAAGCAGCGCAGAACCGAAGGCUCGCGGCGUCCGGAUAUUACCUGGGCAGUGCACGUACGCUUUCUUUGAGGCUCUGAGCUGCGACGCUCUGGUACGGAACGAGGACCGCCUCACACAGCACUUCGAUGGGCCGUUUGAGCUCGUACAGACGAAAAAGCGGUUGAAAGUCCAAACAUAUCUGCCAGCUAUGACUCGCUUCCUGUUCAGCAAGAAGGAGAGUCGUCAACGGUGGGCCGCCCUGUCGUGGUCAACAUUCAAGCGCAACCUUCUCAAGUCAGAGUUCGAGUGGGCUGUGCGAGACUACAUGAUCAGCGCGAUGAUGAAGAUCCAAAUGAACAAUCUCGACAUUGAGCUUGUACCGCUGUUCUGGAGUGGAGCGCGUCUGAUCAUCGGUAAGAUGGACAGAGAGCUGAUCACGGAGUACGUUCGGGGCCUAGAUGGGAACUUCUAUCGGUUGAUGCUGGAUCAUCUCUCGCUGAAGUCGGAGGCCUUCCUCGACAUACUUGCCACAAUGGAGGCGCUGUUGCGGAAGGCACCAAUCGACUUCUGGGAAGGCAUGAACGCGGUCACACCCUCGAAUGCCACGGUUGUGGAGCAAAUCCUCAACAGCCCUGUCCUGGCGCAGGUACUGAUUGCAGCCAGGGAAGAUGACGAACAAUCUAUUAGUAAUGUCCAGGCUGCAUUCAGCUGGGUAAGGUUGUUUCAAGCAUCCAUUAAGCCAGCAAAUCUCGGCCCCGCCACCAGACCUUUUGCGCAAGCGCUAUUCGGUCGCUUCCAGGCUCAGCAAUAUCCGCAGGUGUCCAAGGCCAAGUGCUACCGCGAAGGUCUGAAGGUACUGGAGUUCACAUUCAAGAGAAUGUGCGAAGGCAAGACCAUUGAUAAAUUCGUUGGACAACCGACAGUGAACGGCAUGAUGGACAUGUUCUCGACGCACGUUCAGCUGCUGGUGUCGAGGCUGAAGACCUUGGGCCAAAACGACGCCGACAUGGAGGACGCCGACUUGACUUUGACUGUGAUUCAACAGGCUUUCUUGUUGGAAGCUCAGUCUUUGAUCAUCGAGAGACAACUCAUCUCAGCGAAGAAGCCCUCGCCCACAGAGACGCCGUCAUCUGCACCGAUCUGGAAGACCAUACUGAAGGCUAUCGACCAUCAGAGCUUGGAUCUUGCGUCGCAUCUGCUUGUCGCGGGGAGAGCUUUGAUUGGCCUUGAGCCGCUGUCGAUGAAGUCAGGUGUCGAAAAGAUUCCGGCGGAAGUCCGUCAUUUCAAUGAUCGUUUCAAGCUCCUCUCGCAAUCGAUUACGGAUGUGGUCGACCGACUGUCAGAAUUUAACCCCUCGCAGCUUCACACCCUCUUCGAGAAGCCAAUCGCGUCAAGUGCGAUUGUCUCUCUCCUGUUCUCUUCGACUGAAGAUACUAGAAGCUCGGUUGUUGAGCUGCUCAAGGUCAUCAGCUUGGAGGAAGAGCGACGAAACGCUUUGCAGCACAUCCUCAAGAACUACUUUAAGAACGUAGUACUGGGUAUUUCCGACUCUGUUCGUCAAGUCAUGCGCAAGAAGGCAUUUGCUCCCACUCCAAGUCUGAUCAGGACUUGCAGAGAUGUUAUUGAUGUUUUGUGCAACUCUCAAGAUGGUAUCCUUCGUACUAAAGACCUGAAUACCGGCGAGGCAGCAGCGACGAUGAACCUCUGGAAGAAUCUGUGGGACUCUCUGACCAUGAUCUUCGCCACAACUGAAGCUUGGAGCAACCUCGGUUUCUACGACAAGCAGAUGAUGAUGGACUUCUGUCGAGACACCAUGCAGUUUGCUGACGAGAUCUUCGACCAGUGCAGCAUCUUCGCGACUGCUUUGAAGAAGCAAGCUCAGUCCGGGGACGAUGAAAGUAAGGCCAAGACGGAGCUGUUGCAGGAGUUACUCGAGCUUCCGGCCAAUGCUAUGGAAGGUCUUGCGAAGUGGCUUCGCCUGCGAGACGAGUUCUUAUCAAGCAAAUCGGUCACACUUAUAAGCAAGCUGCUCGUUCGGCUGCACAAUGUGUCUAUUGAGGUCAACACUGAUACGCUCUCCUACAUGGAGAGAAUCUUGACUGGCGACAUUCGCGCAAAGCUCAGCACCACACAGCAAGCCGAGUUACAACAGGCGCUCGAGACUCACCUCGGUCACUCUAUCGCUAAGGAGGAAGAGCCAGCAGCGCCCAAGCAAACUUCCAUCAGCAAAUGGAUGUCCACCGGUGCUGCAGGUUCACCGAGUGAUGCGAAGGCGAAGCUCAUGUCAAGUCUCACAUCAGGCUCAGCUGCGUUCAAGGAGAAGCGUGAAGCUAUGCGAGCAACAGAAGGGACGCUUGCUAGGCAGAAGGCUCUUGAUGCCCAGAAAAGUGCUUCUCAGGAUGAGUUCAGGCGGAAGCGCCAGCUUGAGCUUCAGAGACGCGAGAAAGAGAAGGCUGCUGCUAUCGCGAAAGCGAAACAGGCUCGCGGCCUUACGCAGACCAACGAAGCGGGCUCGGGACUGGAAGGGCUGGGCGUGUUGGGCAAAGACUCAGCCGCCAAGGGAGAAGGACUCAUGCACUCCUCCGAUGAGUCGGAAGACAGCGAUGGCGACAUCGAUGAAGAUCUCUUCGGCAUCAAGAAGGGCAAGAUCAAGACCGGGCCGAAGACGAACAUUGUCAACGAGGUCAAAAUCCAGAUGCCGUUCAAGAAGAAGAGGGUACAACGAUCGAUCAAGGAUAUGCGGGCUCGUCUCGCUCCAGAUCUGUCCUCAUUGCACAGGGCUAUUCUCAGCUGGGACUACUAUUACGAUGGCGAUUACCCACCAAAGUCGAACCCUGGCAUUUACUCAAAGGUUCUGAAUACUUUUCGAACGCCGAACGACUAUCAGAACACGUUCGAGCCGCUGUUGACACUUGAAGCAUGGCAGGGCUUCGUCAAAGCUCGCGAAGAGAAUCAGAACAAGGCUUAUGAGGUCCGUAUCACAUCACGAGCAAGCGUGGAUAUGUUCCAGGAGGUGGGUAGCACGAUGACACAUGAGGAGAACCGAGAAAUCAUGGUUUCCGAAGGCGACAUUAUUCUUCUUUCGCGCACGAAGACGCCAUCAGCCGAAGUGCCGACAUGUCUGGCGAGAGUUUUCCGGGUCAAGAGAAAGCAACAGCACAUUGAAGUCUCAUACCGUGUUGUGCCUGGCAACCCGCUCUCAUCUGCCCUCAACCCCAGCAGUGCCGUCUUCGGCGUCAAGCUACAGUCCAUCACUCCGCUUGAGCGCGAGUAUGGUGCGCUCAAAGGUCUGCAGUACUACGAUCUUUGCGACGAGAUCAUUCGCGCGAAGCCAUCGCCUCUGUUGGCCUACACCGAUAAGCAGAUCGAUCCGCUGAUGGAGAAUUAUAACUUGAACAAGGCACAAGCGAAGGCGGUGAAGUCGGCUAUUGACAACGAUGCCUUCACGCUAAUCCAAGGUCCUCCUGGUUCUGGAAAGACCAAAACCAUCACUGCCAUUGUUGGUGCAAUACUGUCAGACAGUUUGCGCAGGGGUGGAACAGCCGUGCCCGUUCCUGGUGGCCAGCAGCGAAACGACACUGCUGUGAAGAAGCUAUUGGUCUGUGCGCCCAGUAACGCCGCUGUCGACGAACUGGUCAUGCGUUUCAAGACUGGCGUCAAGACUCUGGGAGGCGAGACCCGCAAGCUCAACAUCGUCCGUCUUGGUCGCAGCGACGCCAUCAAGAACGACGUGCAGGAUGUCUGUCUGGGGGAGCUCGUAAACCAACAGCUGGGAACUUCCAACCCAAAGAACAACAGCGACCGAGAGGCGACGCAGAAGCUCUUUACGGACCACAAGGCUGUCUCUGAGAAACUCAGAAAUGCCGUCGCGCAGAUCCAAACGGGUGAGCUGAAGGGCGAUGAUGCUACAAAGCUUCAAGACGAUAUCAAUGCUCUGCGCAAACAAAAGCAGAGCCUCGGAACGAAGAUUGAUAACGCGAAAGACGACGAGAAGCUGGCUGGUCGCAACGCAGAUCUGAACCGCCGUCGAGCUCAAGAGGCUAUCUUGAAUAACGCACACGUCAUCUGCGCAACGCUCAGUGGAUCUGGCCAUGAAAUGUUCCAGGGUCUCAGCAUCGAGUUCGAGACUGUCAUAGUGGACGAGGCAGCUCAGUGUGUCGAGAUGAGUGCACUCAUUCCCCUCAAGUACGGCUGUGCAAAGUGUAUACUUGUUGGAGACCCUAAGCAGCUGCCACCUACUGUGUUCUCGAAGGAGGCUGCACGCUUUGCUUACGAGCAGAGUUUGUUCGUUCGAAUGCAAAAGAACCACCCUGAUGACGUGCAUCUCCUGGACACGCAGUAUCGUAUGCAUCCUGAGAUCAGUCUGUUCCCCAGCCGUACUUUUUACGACGGUAAGCUGCUGGACGGUGGCGACAUGGCCGGUAUCCGCAGGCAGCCAUGGCAUUCGACCAUGCUGCUUGGUCCAUACCGCUUCUUCGACGUCCAAGGUCAGCAGUCCGCUGCUCCGAAGGGUCACUCGCUCAUCAACAGGGCCGAGAUUGAUGUGGCGUUGCAGCUUUACAAGCGACUCAUUAGCGAUUACUCGAGUUACGAUUUCAAGGGCAAAGUCGGCAUCAUUACCCCCUACAAGAGUCAGCUAAAGGAGCUGAAGAGUCAGUUCUCGUAUGCGUAUGGUGCCAACAUCAUUGAUGAGAUAGACUUCAACACCACCGACGCUUUCCAGGGUCGAGAGAGCGAAGUCAUCAUCUUCUCCUGCGUGCGCGCCUCGCCAGCAGGCGGCAUCGGUUUCUUGCAAGACAUUCGCCGAAUGAACGUAGGUCUGACGCGUGCCAAGUCUUCACUAUGGGUUUUGGGUAACUCUCAAUCGCUCGUGCGUGGAGAAUUCUGGAAGAAGCUUGUCGUGGAUGCGCAGGAGCGCAAGCGAUACACUACUGGCAACGUGAUGAAGAUGCUUAGCGAGCACUCUAGCAAGUACCCUGCACCGAAGGAAGGGUACAUGGAGCCGCACCGACCAGAAUCAGAGGUGAAGUCUGAGCCGAUGAGCAGGAACGGAAGCAAUCAUUCCAACGGAAACAGCAUCAAGCAGGGGAUCAAACAAGAGAUCCAAGAAGAGCUCAAGAAGGAGCCCGGGCUUGUACAUCACGCAAAGCGCAAGCUGAGCGAUAGCCCAGAUCUCAAAAUCGAAAACGGCGGCGACGACUUCGACAUGUUCGAUGCGCCGUCUGACACAGCGUCGAACGACAACGCCAAUGGUAAUCAGAUCGGCGGCAGUAGCCGAUCAACGCCUGCUGCCCACGCACGCAGCUCCCCCGCUGUCGACAGCGAUCGCGCAAGCACACCGGUGGAUGUGCUUGGCAACAUGAAGGCAAAACCUAAGAUCAAAAGAAGGCCUAAACCUAGCGGGCCUUUCAUUGACAACAGGCCCAAGAAGCCUAGGACUGGGUAA